AUGCUCCUUUAAUACGAUAAGCAAAUCACGUGAUGAAACUACCCUGUACAAGUGACAAGUGCGAGUGCACUUUUUAAUCAUUAAUGCUUUUGCUGCUUUCACGAAAACGCCAAAAUGACAUCUGUUCAUAAUAACAAAACUUUUACACAGGACAGUUUAGUACAAAAUGGAACUAACAACUCUUACGGAAUCAAACCAGAUGCUACACAUAUUUGGGUUCCAGCAGAAGGAAAUAAGCAAGGUUCAGGGAAAGAAUCUUCAAAAAUAAAUAGGAAUUUUUCAACAGGUACAACGGUUGGGAAGGGCUCAACUAUCACCAUACAUGACAUUAACUAUACAGUUAAAGUGAAAACAAAAGCAUGCUGCGGGAAAACUACAGACAAAGCGAUUCUGAAAGGAAUAGAUGGAAAAUUUCAGCCUGGAAUGAAUGCCAUUCUUGGACCAACUGGCAGUGGAAAAUCCUCGUUACUGGAUGUUUUAGCAGGAAGGAAAGAUCCCACAGGUCUAACAGGGACAUUGCUUUUAGAUGGUUGUCCACCACCAGACAAUUUCAAAUGCAUGGUGGGAUACGUUGUUCAGGAUGAUGUUGUCAUGGGAACUUUGAGUGUGAAGGAAAAUUUCCAUUUCUCUGCGGCUCUUCGGUUACCACCGACAGUGUCGGCAGAAGAGAGGGAGGAGAGAGUACAGAAUGUUAUAGCAGAGCUGGGUCUUCAACAUUGUGCUAACACUAAGGUUGGGAAUGAGUUCAUACGUGGCGUGUCUGGAGGUGAACGUAAGCGAUGUAAUAUCGGAAUGGAGUUGAUUAUCUCCCCUCCUGUACUAUUUUUAGACGAGCCAACCACAGGCCUGGAUGCCAACACAGCUAAUACUGUCAUGUUAUUGCUGAAAACUUUAGCGAUGCGCGGACGGACAAUCAUUUUCUCGAUACAUCAGCCUAGAUACAGUAUAUACAGAUUGUUUGACAACCUCUGUCUAUUAUCUAUGGGAGAGGUUGUUUACCAUGGCAACUGUGAUGAAUCUCUACAAUUUUUCCAGACAAUAGGUUAUUCUUGUGAGGAGCAUAACAACCCACCAGAUUUUUUCCUGGAUGUUAUAAAUGGAGAUCCUAAUGCAGUUACCAGUGAUAUCAAUCAGAUAAUCUCAAGUACAGAUAUGGAAAAGGUUUCCCUUGGUGGAGUGAUCAGACAUGAUUAUGUUGAGGAAGGUUUAGCAGUCCAUGAGAAGCUAGUGUCUGCUUAUCAAAAUUCACAGUGGAAGCGAAAAUUGACCAGUGAUUUAUCACCCAUACUGCAGGAGCAUCAGUCUAGAAAAAACAGAGAUGCUUUAGAAAGACUACCACCAAUUCAGUAUGCAACAAAUGGUCUCACACAGUUCUUGUACUGCAGUCAAAGAACUUUACGAAACUUGAUCAGAAAUCCAGCAGUAUCAGUAUUACAGGUGUUAACUAUGGUGAUAUUUGCUGUGGUAGUUGGCGCCAUCUAUUGGCAGAUUGAUGACUCGUGUAAAUCUGGACUACAAAACAGAACUGGUGCCUUCUUUUUCAUCAUUAUGAACAUGGUUUUUGGAAAUCUGUCUGCUGUGGAACUUUUCAUCAAAAACCGAGCAAUCUUUUUGCAUGAAAAUGUGAGUGGAUUUUACCGGAUUUCCGCGUAUUUUUUAUCUACCGUGUUGUGUGAUGUCAUACCAAUGAGAUUUCUACCAACUCUUGCCUUCUCAGCUGUUGUCUACUAUAUGUUAGGUUUCCUGACUGCUUUUGACAAGUUUCUGGUGUUUUUCCUUGGCUUGUUCCUAGUGUCCUUGGCAGCUUCAGCCGUAUCGUUCUGUAUCAGCGCAUGUGUUAAAAUAUUUGCUGUUGCCAACCUCCUCAUUGCCAUGUGUUAUGUUGUCAUGAUGGUAUUCAGUGGGUUACUUGUGAACCUUGACUCAAUUCCUGAUUUCCUUGAAUGGCUCAAGUACUUCAGUAUCUUUAGAUACAGCUUAACUGCAUUGAGUAUAAAUGAACUGAAAGAUAUGACAUUUGUUAAUUCAACUGCCACUGAGAACUGCAUUACAGGAAAUGAAUAUUUGGAUGCUCAGGGAAUCAAGUAUGAGACAGACUGGGACCUAUGGGUCAACUAUAUGGCUCUGGGUGUGAUGUCUGUCGGGUUCCUGGUUCUAGCUUACAUCAGACUUCUCUUCAUGAAUAAGCUGAGAUAAAUAAAUGGGUCGAGUACCGGAGAAAGAAAGAUGCAGUAUUGAACUGUAAAAGAACUAGAACUGUUUCUAAUUGUUGUUGUUUAGUCACGCUUUUUGUGACAUAGCUAUGUGGUAGAAACUAGAGGUCUACAUUCAAGGUUUGUUAUCUUCAGAUAUAAUGUCAAUCAGGGAGAAAUAGAUUAUUUUUUAAAAUGCUCUUAUAAGAUGGUUGGUGGUUAAUGCCUUUUGGACCCAGUCACUCUGUGUCAACUUUAAUUAAUUCCAAAAACAUGGUAAGCUUUUCCAUAACUUGCAAAUUUAUGUGAUUGAAACUAUGUUUUUUCAAGGUCAAAGGUCAAGGUCUCUGUAGCCAUGGUCACUAAAAGUUAGUCAAACUAAUAACAAAAGAAAACAUUGGCUUAUAACUACAUAUAUAUACUACAUUACAUUAUCAUAAUUUACAUUUUUUAGUAAAUAUGGAUAAGGUAGUAUGUAAUGUAUACAUUGAUAAUAAAAGAAGUAGGGACACAAAUAUAACAUAAACAUAUUUAUAGUUUAUAAUUUUAUUGAAAAUCAACAUA